AUGUCAGAGAUGGCCAAGGUCAACUUUAUUGCUCAACCCGAUGUUAUGCAACUCGAAGAUACCAUCUUGUUCUUCGUGCAACAAAAGGUUAUUCUUGACUCACUCUUUGCUGCCCUUGGACUUCUUUUGCAGAGUCCAGAUCGCCACAAAAAAUAUCGUCGCAUCAGGCCGAUGGUAAAAUUCGUUUACCAAGAGAAGCAUGAUAAUGAUGAGAGUAAGCGCCGGCAAAAAUUACUUGCAACACUGGAUCACUAUUCGAAAUCUCUCUGUUUCUUUGCUCUGAAGCCCAGUAAAAUCCUCGAGUUGAAGAAUGAAACCUUUGAUGCUAUGAUGGACGGAUUACCGAAAUUCAUCGCGGCCGAAUCUCAGCGACACAACCUCAUCAAAGAACGGAUUGGAGACUAUGUGCAGGAUAUCGUGGCCGAGUUCGACCAGACAACAGUCUUGGUUAUAGAUCAAACAUCUUCAUUCAGCACUAUAACAAGAAAGGAGGACCAACCAAGGAAGCGCCAGAAAAUGUCCCUGGAACGUCGUCGUAACACUGGGAAGCCUGAGCUGCCGAAAGUUUCGAGUCUUAUGCCAAUACCUUCAACCACAGCUUCCGUACCAGUGGAGGCUCUUCCAGCCCAGCAAGACCAAGAGCAUACCGAACGAGCCAACUGUACCGAAUCCAAUUCCCAGUCCAGGAACUUGUCUUCAAGUUCGUGGCAAAGUGCCAACAUGGGCUACUGCUACGACAACGAUUCGCUAGACGAUGAUGGUAGUUGCCAGCCAGAUUGGUUGACGCGAGGAUUGACACUAGACAUCUCGAUGAUGGAAAUGGGAAACACCUUCCCGCAGCCGCUUGACCUCCUGCCACUCUCGGAAACCUCGUGGCUUAGUCGAGAUUUAUGUCUCUGA